AUGAACAAGCUGUACAUCGGCAACCUCAACGAGAGCGUGACCCCCGCGGACUUGGAGAAAGUGUUUGCGGAGCACAAGAUCUCCUACAGCGGCCAGUUCUUGGUCAAGUCCGGCUAUGCCUUCGUGGACUGCCCCGACGAGCACUGGGCGAUGAAGGCCAUCGAAACUUUCUCCGGGAAAGUCGAAUUGCAAGGAAAACGCCUAGAGAUUGAACACUCGGUCCCCAAAAAACAAAGGAGUCGGAAAAUCCAGAUUCGAAAUAUCCCACCCCAGCUUCGUUGGGAAGUGCUGGAUAGCCUGCUGGCCCAAUAUGGUACAGUGGAGAAUUGCGAGCAAGUGAACACCGAGAGUGAGACGGCAGUGGUGAAUGUCACCUAUUCCAACCGGGAACAGACCAGGCAAGCCAUCAUGAAGCUGAAUGGCCACCAGCUGGAGAACCACGCCUUAAAGGUCUCCUACAUUCCCGAUGAGCAGAUAGCACAGGGUCCUGAGAACGGACGCCGAGGAGGCUUUGGCUCUCGGGGUCAGCCCCGCCAGGGCUCCCCUGUGGCGGCGGGGGCCCCGGCCAAGCAGCAGCAAGUGGACAUACCCCUGCGGCUCCUGGUGCCCACCCAGUAUGUGGGUGCCAUCAUUGGCAAGGAGGGGGCCACCAUCCGAAACAUCACGAAACAGACCCAGUCCAAGAUCGACGUGCACAGGAAGGAGAACGCAGGCGCUGCGGAGAAGGCCAUCAGUGUCCACUCAACCCCGGAGGGCUGCUCCUCUGCGUGUAAGAUGAUCUUGGAGAUUAUGCAUAAGGAAGCGAAGGACACCAAAACGGCCGACGAGGUUCCCCUGAAGAUCCUGGCCCAUAAUAACUUUGUGGGGCGGCUUAUUGGCAAGGAAGGGCGCAACCUGAAGAAAGUGGAGCAGGACACCGAGACGAAAAUCACCAUCUCUUCGCUGCAGGACCUCACCCUCUACAACCCCGAGAGGACCAUCACCGUGAAGGGGGCCAUUGAGAACUGCUGCAGGGCCGAGCAGGAGAUCAUGAAGAAAGUUCGGGAGGCCUACGAGAACGACGUGGCUGCCAUGAGUCUGCAGUCGCACCUCAUCCCCGGCCUGAACUUGGCGGCUGUGGGUCUUUUUCCAGCCUCGUCCAGUGCGGUCCCGCCACCGCCUAGUAGCGUCACUGGAGCGGCUCCAUACAGCUCCUUUAUGCAGGCUCCGGAGCAGGAAAUGGUGCAGGUGUUCAUUCCCGCGCAGGCCGUGGGCGCCAUCAUAGGGAAGAAGGGACAGCACAUCAAACAGCUCUCCCGCUUUGCCAGCGCCUCCAUCAAGAUUGCUCCUCCCGAAACUCCUGACUCCAAAGUUCGUAUGGUCAUCAUCACUGGACCCCCGGAGGCCCAAUUCAAGGCUCAGGGAAGAAUUUAUGGAAAACUCAAGGAGGAGAACUUCUUUGGUCCCAAGGAGGAAGUAAAGCUGGAGACCCAUAUCCGGGUGCCAGCGUCAGCUGCCGGCAGGGUUAUUGGCAAAGGUGGCAAAACGGUGAAUGAGUUGCAGAAUUUGACAGCAGCCGAGGUGGUGGUGCCCAGAGACCAGACCCCAGAUGAGAACGACCAGGUCAUCGUCAAGAUCAUCGGGCAUUUCUAUGCCAGCCAGAUGGCCCAGCGGAAGAUACGAGACAUCCUGGCCCAAGUGAAACAGCUGCACCAAAAGGGACAGAGUAACCAGGCCCAGGCACGGAGGAAGUGA